GUUGUGAUUUCAGUGUUUAUUGUGUGGAUCGAAAUUGCGAAUCACUGCUAAACAUAAUUUUUUAAAAACUAAACUGCAAUUUCAGUUAGAAAGUGAAAUUUUAAAAGACUUUAGCAAGAGAUUUUCAAGAUCUAAAAGAUUGUUUGCUAUUCAGCACCAUGGACGAUGAUGCAGAGUGCUACAAAUUAUGGAGAAUUCGUAGGACCAUCAUGCAGUUGUGCCAUGAUCGAGGCUACUUGGUGACUCAGGAGGAGUUGGACCAGACACUGGAGGAGUUUAAAGCACAGUAUGGAGAUAAACCUAGUGAAAGGAAACCAGCCCGCAGUGAUUUGAUUGUUUUGGUGGCUCAUAAUGAUGAUCCCACAGAUCAGAUGUUUGUUUUCUUUCCUGAUGAAGCAAAGAUUGGUAUCAAGAUAAUAAAAACAUACUGCCAGAGAAUGCAAGAAGAGAAUAUUUCAAGAGCCAUCAUUGUCGUCCAGCACGGCAUGACGCCCUCGGCUAAACAGGCCCUGGUAGAUAUGGCUCCGAAAUAUAUCCUGGAACAUUUCUUAGAAUCUGAAUUGCUGAUUAAUAUUACAGAGCAUGAGUUGGUUCCGGAGCACGUUGUCAUGACACCAGAAGAAAAAACUGAAUUGCUAAACAGAUAUAAACUAAAGGAAAACCAGUUGAUGAGAAUCCAAGCUGGUGACCCAGUGGCAAGGUACUAUGGUUUGAAGAGGGGACAGGUUGUCAAAAUUAUCAGGAACAGUGAGACAGCAGGUCGUUACAUUUCAUAUCGACUUGUUGUGUAACAUGCUUUUGUAUUUUGUAAUAAAUGUUUUGUUUUAAUAA